AUGAGUAGUACUUCUAUUAACGACACCGCAUUUUCUGUUGCGGCCACUGACUGAAACAAACAAACAGAGUUUAAAGCGGAAGACGUAACUAAUUUCCGGCAGGGUAGAGUCAUGGAGGAGACGCCGUUGAUUAACGGUUUCUCCGACGACGAACACCACCAGAUCAUCGGCGCCGACGGAGAUUACCGGCCUGUUACAGAUUUAAGAGAAUGGUGGGCUAUUUUCUGCAUAGAAAGUGUGAAGCUAUGGAGGAUUGGAGGUCCAAUAGCGUUUAAUAUUAUCUGUCAAUAUGGUGUGAAUUCACUUACUAAUAUAUUCGUUGGGCAUCUCGGAGAUAUUGAGCUUUCUGCUAUUUCUAUUGCUCAAUCAGUCAUCGGAACUUUCUCAUUCGGGUUCUUGUUGGGAAUGGGAAGUGCAUUGGAGACGCUGUGUGGACAGGCAUAUGGUGCAGGGCAAAUUCACAUGCUUGGUGUUUAUAUGCAACGCUCUAUCAUAAUUCUGUUUGCAACUUGUAUCUUGCUCUUGCCAAUAUAUCUAUUUGCAACCCCAGUGCUUAAGCUGCUAGGCCAAGAAUCUCACAUUGCUGAGCUUGCGGGGGAAUAUGCCAUACUAAUCAUCCCCCAAUUGUUUUCGCUUUCCAUCAAUUUUCCGACCUCCAAAUUCCUUCAAGCCCAAAGCAAAGUUGAUGUGAUUGCCUGGAUUGGAUUUGUGACUCUGCUCAUGCAUGCUACGCUCCUUUGGCUCUUUAUUUACACAUUCGGCUGGGGUACGACUGGUGCUGCCAUAGCCUUUGACCUAACAAAUUGGGUCUUGGCAAUAGCUCAGUUUGCUUAUGUUGUUGGAUGGUGUAAGGAUGGGUGGAAGGGAUUGUCCUGGGGAGCAUUUAACGAAAUGUGGUCCUUUGUGAGGCUCUCCAUUGCCUCAGCCAUUAUGCUAUGUCUUGAAAUUUGGUAUAUGAUGAGUAUUAUCAUCCUUGUUGGCCAUCUUGACAAUGCAGUUAUUGCAGUUGGAUCUAUUUCUAUUUGCAUGAAUGUCAAUGGGUAUGAAGGCAUGUUGUUCAUUGGACUUAAUGCUGCCAUAAGUGUACGGGUCUCAAAUGAGCUUGGCCUAGGACAUCCAAGGGCCACUAAAUACUCUGUCUAUAUCUCAGUGUUUCAGUCACUCCUAAUUGGGCUACUCUGUAUGGUUAUUGUAAUGGUAGCUAGAGAGCAUUUGGCCGUUAUUUUUACUAGCAGCAAAGAUAUGCAACAAGCUGUUGGUGAUCUUUCUUACCUUCUCGGAAUAACUAUGGUUCUUAAUAGUGUUCAGCCUGUUAUAUCAGGUGUUGCUGUGGGAGGUGGAUGGCAAGCUUUAGUGGCUUAUAUUAAUCUGGGAUGUUAUUAUUUUGGACUCCCUCUAGGAUUUAUUCUUGGUUAUGUGGCAAAGUUGGGAGCAAAGGGACUUUGGCUGGGAAUGAUAGCUGGGACAUCUUUGCAGACUGUGCUACUAUUGAUUGUACUAUAUAAGACAAAUUGGAACAAGGAGGUUGAGGAGACGAACGAGCGUAUGCGGAAGUGGGGAGGUCAAGAUUUUGAAAUUGAGAAAUCCCAGGCUGAUCGCCUGAUGUCUGUUGAGAAUGGUGUGUCGUAAGGUUGCAGAAUGCUACGAGGAGGGUGAUGAUAGUAGCCUGCUGUUUGAAUUUCAAAAUUUGAAACUUAGGAAAAUUUACCAGCACCUACCAAAUAUAUUGUGUAUGAAAACACAUAUUACUAUGUCCCGGCUAACAUCAAUUUUGAGACAUUCAAGAAUAUUGUAUUUGUUUUAGUCCAGGUGAACUUC